AUGUCAAGAGGAGACAAACCUGAACAACAACAAGAAGAUUCUUUUGCAGUUUGUGAAGGAGUAAAGAUGUUUGAAUGCAUAACAUGUAAUAGGAAGCAGACGGCGGAAGAUAGGGAUGAUGAAGAGGUCGGUCAGAGUGGCACGCCGGGCAGUAAACAAGCCGUCAAAAGCCUGACUGCGCAGAUAAAAGAUAUAGUACUGAAGUUUACAGGUGCUUCCUGCAAACGAUCCGGCUCCUAUAGAAAAGGACUGAGAUCUUCGACAAACUUUGUAGAGAGCUCGGAAGGGGUUCGAUACCCUUAUAUGGGAGGUGUAACCUCAGGUUCUCCUCCUCCUUGGGAGUUAGGUGUCAAUUACAGUAAUGGCAACCAAAGUCCUAGAGUACAAGAGGCAGUUGUGGCAGCGGAUCAAGUAGUGGUGGAGGAAGAGAUUGGAAACAAAGUGUGGGUGGCACAAGUGGAGCCGGGGGUUGAUGUUACCUUUGUUUCUCUUCCUGAUGGUGGAAAUGAUCUUAAAAGAAUUCGAUUCAACCGAGAAAUGUUUGAUAAAUGGCAAGCUCAAGUAUGGUGGGGAGAGAAUUAUGACAGAAUCCGGGAGCUAUAUAAUGUCCAGAGAUUUAAUCGUCAAGCUCUCAACACUCCCCCGCCAUCCGAGGACGAGCAAAGAGAGUCUUCUGACCCAAGGCAUCACCAAACUGUAAGAAAUAGCCCUGUGGCUGCAUGGUUGAACAAUGAUUCAAUGCUAAGGAAUCAGUACUGUAGUCCUUCAGGUUUCACAAUGAGUCAAGGAAGCAGUAGCAACCGACAAAUGCAUGAAGCAGGGUCAUCCAUGGAAGCAUCAAGAGCCUCUUCUAGAGAUGAGCUUUUCUUCAGCAAUGCCGUUGGAAUUGAGUCAGAAUGGGUUGAGCAAGUUGAGCCUGGUGUGUUUGUUACUAUCAGACGGUUACCUGAUGGAAACAAGGAGCUUCGUCGUGUCAGAUUCAGCCGACAGAGGUUUGGAGAUGAAGAUGCUAGGAAAUGGUGGGAAGAGAACAGAGAAAGAGUGCAAGUUCAAUACAUAUGA